CGGAAGUGACGUGGUGCGGCUGCUCUGCUGAUGCAGAUGGCCCCGGAAAGGUAAAGCAGCACUCCGAAGAUGGCCGGGGUGUUCGAGGUGGAGGUUGACGGUGUGGAGCACGACCACGGGCUGGAGCACCACAAGGAAGCGAGCCAGUUUGAUGUGUCUAAACUCUCACCAGAAGAGAAAUGGAGGCUGGAACAUGCGAGAAUGCAUGCCAAACACAAAGGCCACGAGGCCAUGCACGCAGAGAUGGUGCUGAUCCUCAUCGUCACGCUGGUCAUUGCACAGCUAGUCCUGGUCCAGUGGAAACAGAGACAUCCAAAGUCAUACAAUCUGGUGACUUUGUUCCAGAUGUGGGUAGUACCUCUCUACUUUACUACGAAACUUCACUGGUGGAGGUUCCUGACCACAUGGUUUAUCUUCUCUGUCAUCACAGCGUACAUUUCCUACCGGGCCACUCGUAAGCCACUGGCCUGCACCACACCGAGGUUGGUGUACAAGUGGUUCCUCCUCCUUUACAAGAUCAGCUAUGCCACAGGAAUAGUUGGCUACACCGUCGUCAUGUUUACACUUUUUAAUCUUAACCUAAUAUUCAGGAUAAAGCCCGAAGAUGCGAUGGACUUUGGUGUUUCGCUGCUCUUCUACGGACUGUACUACGGGGUCCUCGGGAGGGACUUUGCAGAGAUGUGUGCAGACUUCAUGGCUUCAACUGUUGGGUACUACAGUGCAUCUGGCAUGCCAACAAAGCACCUCUCUGACAAUAUCUGUGCUGUGUGCGGUCAGCCCAUACUGGUGGAUGUCAGCGAGGAAGGGAUUAUUGAGAACACAUACAGAUUAUCCUGCAACCAUGUGUUCCAUGAGUUCUGCAUAAGAGGAUGGUGCAUCGUGGGAAAGAAGCAGAUGUGCCCUUACUGUAAAGAGAAGGUGGAUCUGAAGAGGAUGUUCAGUAACCCCUGGGAGAGGCCGCAUGUCAUGUACGGACAGCUUUUAGACUGGCUUCGAUACCUUGUCGCCUGGCAGCCCGUUAUCAUCGGCUUUGUGCAGGGUAUCAACUACAUCCUCGGUCUGGAGUGACCCGUGACGGACUGAAACGGACAUCGAUGUCGAGCAGGAAACGUGUGCACUGGCUCCGAUGACCGAGGGCCUGAAACUGAACUAAAAGACCAAUAAAAGUGUCUAUACUCUUUUUGUAAAUAUUUUUAAACACACAUAUCUGUAUUUACAGCUAUUUGGAUUGUUAGUAAUUUUGAUUCUGGAUGUCUGUCAAUGUCCCAGGAUUCCAUUCUCAGAGCAGCUAUGUGUGAAGUCAGGGGCUGCGUCCUCUGAAUGCUGCAUUUACAGGCCGGCAAGGUCACAGCGGUGUCACAUGUAGGCUGUCCCAUGUCAUAAACUCCUCCGGAUGCAGUCUACAAGUGCAUGUUUCUCUCAAACUGAGAAGGCUCCAUCAGAUUGAUUUAAAAUAAAUGUUAUUUUUUAGGUCUCGCAUAACCUAAGAUUCAUUGCUUUGAUAAAUAAAACAUUGCCACUGA